AUGCUAAAGUCUAUCUGCACGAGCUCGUUGCUCCUCUUGAGCGCGAGCCUGAUCUCCGGCAGCGCAGCGUCUCAAGAGGCCCAGAUCCACCUCACCGCCCCAGGAAGGCAUAACCAAGUCGACCCGGCCAUUCUCGCUGCGUUGGAGAAGCACUCGGAUCCCGUCGACGCCUUUGUUUCGCUGCAUCCCGAGGCUGCUGAGCAGCUCGCUCAGCCGCGUCUCCUGCGCGUACUCGGAGAGCCGAGCGCCCAAUGGAUGACCGAGGGCGACAAGCUGCGCCUAAAGCGCCAGGGCAAGAAGUUCACGGACAUCACCGAUCACGAAGAUUUUUACAAUGAGCAGGUGCAUGCGUUGGCUGGUGAAGCUCACUUGCCCAAGCUGUCUCACCAGCGCCUUGUCAAGUCAUUGCUGCCGCGCGUGUCGACGGAAAAGAUGCACGAUGUUCUUGAGCACAUGACGGGCUACUAUACGCGAUACUUUGGCAGCGUCACUGGAGAGGAGAGUUCGCAGUGGCUGUACGACCACAUUGCCGAGAUCAUCAAGAAUGCGCCAUUCCACACUCACAUCUCUCUCGAGGUGUUCACUCACUCCUUUCCGCAAUCAUCCAUUAUCGCUCGCUUUGAGCCCAAAGUGAGAAACUUCUCGCUGCCGCUGACCAUCAUCGGCGCUCACCAAGACUCCAUGAACUAUCUCUUCCCGCUGCUUCCUGCUCCGGGCGCCGACGACGACUGCUCCGGCACGGUGAGCAUCCUCGAAGCCUUCCGCGUCCUGGCGGAGAGCGGCUUCAUCCCGAGCAACGGACCUGUUGAGUUCCACUGGUACGCUGCCGAGGAGGGCGGGCUGUUGGGCAGCCAGGCGGUUGCGCGAUAUAAGAAGGAGUCUGGGACUCGUAUUGGCGCCAUGAUGGAGUUUGAUAUGACUGCCUUCAUCGCGAAAAACGCCACCGAGUCCAUUGGGUUCAUUGAGACUGAAGCAGACGCCCCUCUGACGAAGUGGGCCGCCGACUUGGCCAAAGAGUACAUUUCUAUUCCUGCCAACGUCUACAGGCUGCCUAGUGGCGCCGGUUCGGACUACAUGUCUUACACACAGCUCGGGUACCCUGCUGCUUUUGCGUCUGAAGGCAAUCCUUCGGCGGGUGAAGCCGAGUUUGGGAAUGGCGAGUUUGAUCCUUAUAUCCACACGGAAAAGGACACAAUGCAUAUUGAUGACGAGACUGGCGUGUUCUCCCUUGAGCACAUGGCCCGGUUCUCCGAACUUGCCAUUGCCUUUAUCAUUGAACAGGCCGGUUGGAAUAAUAAGUGGAGGUAA